AUGCCUCGUUCCCAGUCUCCAAGAGAGGAUGGCGCCCAACAGGUCAAAGACCCUGACAACUGGAGUGGGCAGGUAGAUGGCGAACUUACCCAAAGCGAUGGUUGGCAACAUGGCUUGUGCGGAUGCUGUGCAUCCUGCGAGCUUUGCCUCCUGAGCACCUUUGUGCCAUGUCUUCGUAUGCCACCCCCUGAUCGUGGCGGUCAUUGUUUUGCUGACAGAUCUCUAAAGUAUAUCAACCGCGAUUGCCUUUUGAUGAUGGGAGUCACAUAUCUUACAGGCUUUGGUUGGAUGUAUGUCAUGGAGAAGCGCUUUGAGAUUCGCAAGCGCUAUGGGAUCAAAGGUACCGAUGCGAGAGACUGCUGCGCAUCCUACUGGUGUCUUUCAUCUGCUUUGGUUCAGCAUGAGAGAGAAGUGCUUACCCGGCAGGCUAGCAGGAGUGAUCCCAUCACUGAGGGUUAUCAGACUCAAACUGCCAUGGAAUUGCCUUCUAGAUAUACGCAGCCCACUACAUAG